AUCAUCCUGCGCUCUCUUCCGAGGGAUGUAUCGGCGUGCGGUGCACCUGUUUUACAGUAUCUGUUGUUUGCGGUCUUCGGCAGCUGAAAUGACCGUCUUUGACCCUUGUUAUCAUUAACUACACGAAAAGGCUUAAACCAGAGCGGUUUUGAUACGGUGCCAUUCGUGCCAACGUUAGAGGAUGUGUUGAUUUUCUCCCCCAGAGGAGGUGCAGCAGUGAGACAGCAUCUUUGCCGGUGACACAUCAUUAUCACAACGAGUGGACAAGGAGCCCCAUAGGACAACAUGUCAGACAAAAGCGACCUAAAAGCUGAGCUCGAGCGCAAGAAGCAGCGCCUUGCCCAGAUCAGGGAGGAGAAGAAGCGAAAGGAGGAGGAGAGGAAGAAGAAAGAGGUAAGGAAAAAAACGGAAAACCAGCAGAAGACAGAGGCGACUCCAGAAGAUACUGAUUUAGAUCGCAAGCGUAGGGAGACUGAGGCCCUGCUGCAGAGUAUUGGAAUUUCCCCGGAGCCUCCACUAGUCCCAACCCCUGUGUCCCCCUCUAAGUCAGUAAGCACGCCCAGUGAGACGGGGAGCCAGGACUCGGCCGAUGGGGGAGCAGCAGGCAGGUCAGGUUUCUCUAAAAACAAGCCCCAAGCACAGAACUCAAGGACACUGCAGUGGGACACAGACCCCUCUGUGCUGCAGCUGCAGGCUGAUUCUGAGCUCGGGCGCAGGAUGCAGAGACUGGGGGCGUCUAAGAUCACACAAGUAGACUUCCUUCCCAAAGAGGUCGUCUCCUACAGCAAGGAGACUCAAACACCAGUCAGCACCCUGUCUGAAGUAGAGGAGGAAGAAGAAGAUGAAGAGUCGAUGGAAACGAAGCCAGGCAUAGAGUCGGAGCAGCAAGAUGAAGACGACAACAGGGAAACCAAAGAAGGCACAUUUCCAGUGCUGCGGGAACUGACUGAGGAGGAGAGGCAACAGAUCCUGCACUCCUCUGAGUUUCAGAGUUUCUUUGACUGCAGCAUCCGAGUGAUGGAGCGAGCACUCGCUGAAGAAAGCGACAUCUUCUUUGACUACAGUGGCCGAGACCUUGAGGACAAAGAGGGAGACUUGGGUAGUGGUUCCAGUCUGUCCUUCAGUAGGCUCUUCUAUGAUGAGCACUGGUCGAAACAUCGUGUGAUCACCUGUCUCGACUGGUCCCCUCAGUAUCCUGAGUUGCUGGUUGCCUCCUAUAACAAUAAUGAAGAUGCUCCCCACGAACCAGAUGGUGUUGCCCUGGUGUGGAACAUCAAGUUUAAGAAGGCUACCCCAGAGUACAUCUUUCACUGUCAGUCACCGGUGGUGUCUGUGGGUUUUGCCAGGUUUCAUCCCAACCUGGUGGUAGGGGGCACGUACUCAGGACAGAUAGUCCUGUGGGACAAUCGCAGUCAUCGCCGGACCCCUGUCCAGAGGACCCCUCUGUCUGCUGCUGCGCACACUCACCCAGUGUACUGCGUGAAUGUGGUCGGCACCCAGAAUGCCAACAACCUGAUCACUGUAUCCACAGAUGGCAGGAUGUGCUCCUGGAGUCUGGACAUGCUCUCCCAGCCUCAGGAGACCAUGGAACUGGUUUACAAUAAAUCCAGACCUGUAGCGGUGACGUGCAUGGCGUUCCCCACGGGAGACGUUAACAACUAUGUGGUUGGGAGCGAGGAGGGCACUGUGUACACUGCAUCCAGACAUGGCAGUAAGGCGGGUAUCUGUGAGAUGUUUGAGGGCCACCAGGGGCCCGUCACAGGCAUCAGCUGUCACGGCGCAGUGGGCACCGUCGACUUUUCCCACCUCUUUAUCACAUCCUCCUUCGACUGGACCGUCAAACUCUGGAGCACCAAGCACAACAAGCCUCUGUACUCAUUUGAAGACAACGCCGACUAUGUGUAUGAUGUCAUGUGGUCGCCUGUGCAUCCUGCCAUGUUUGCUGCCGUGGAUGGCAUGGGCCGCCUGGACCUGUGGAACCUCAACAAUGACACUGAGGUACCCACUGCCAGUGUGACCAUCGAGGGCGCUUCAGCACUCAACAGAGUCCGCUGGUCAUCGGGAGGGAAGGAGGUGGCUGUGGGCGACUCAGAGGGCCGAGUUUGGAUCUACGAUACGGGAGAGCUUUCUGUGGCCCACACGGACGACUGGGCACGCUUUGCCCGUACCCUGAUGGAGAUUCGUGCUAACCGUGCUGACGGUGAGGAAGAAGGGCCUAUGGAGCUGGCUUCAUAGAAAAGAGACUCCAAAACCAAAGUGGGCGGAUCCAGAGACCUGGUGUGCUUUUACUGGUGUCACUGUAGCAUGUGCUUCUCACUCACUUCCAGUUUUGUUUUCUCUACUUUUAUGUUCCUGUUUAUUUAUUUUAUUUUUGUACUUUUGCAUUUCUAAAAGCAAAAUGUUGACUUAUCCCAAUUUGUCUGCCCUUAUUUAUUUGUCCAACAACUUCAGGUGAUGUGUCGCUUGCAACUAGUGAACCUACGGUAUAUAAAGAGUGGCAGUCUGUUAGCCUUAUGGAGAUGUGUGUACUGUAACAAUGCUUUGCACUACUGUAAAAAAAAAUGAAGCAGGUUUCAUAGACUAGUCAUGUUUUGUUUACAUGUUCUAUUUAUGUUGUGCUUCUUUUGUCUGUAUUAAGCCUGCAUGCGACACAUUCCUAAAAUAUUCCAGAUGCAGAAAUGUGGGGUUAACGUGGAGCCAGGUUAUCACACAUGGAGCUGCUUUAUGUCAGUGUGUCUGAAACUGAGUCAAGUGUGGUCUUCUGUACUCAAUGAGAGCUUCGACUGUAUAUCAUUUAAUGAACUGUGACAAUUAAUAAGAGGUAUACUGUAAUUCAGAGUGAUUGCUGUUCAGCCUGCUAUGUUGACUAUUAAAGCAUAGCCCAGGA